CUAGUAAUAAUAAAAGCGAGUACGGGGUUUGCUCAUUGACACGUUCCCAUCUCAGUACUGUGAAUAUAUUGAGGUGUGUGCACCCAAUUCAGUCUUUAUUAACAACAACUCGGCUUGAGUGUUUUUCAUGAUAGACGAUGAUCGUGUUGUUGUUGUUCCUCGCUGCCUUUGUUUGUAUGGGCCUGUCAGAGCAGCAUUAUGUCGCAGAGUAUGGGGACUCUCUGAAUUUACAGCUUCCUAAUAAGCCCCAGUCCAUGGAGUUCACUCCCAAGUACAGCUCAAAUGUGACCAUCUUGUGGAAAUGGGGUUACCCUUUGACCUCAUUGGACGGAAGGCGGAAAUACACGGGGAUCUUCUUUGAGAUUCAUAAUUUAACUCAGAAAGACAUCGGCCGCUACGUAAUGAAAGGCAAAAACCGGUAUCAACUGAAAACCUACACAGUUGAGGUAAAAGCAAAAACAGAGUCCUUUCAUAAGACUCCUGGUACACACAUCCAAUUCUCUGCUAAACUGGAACCAAACUCCUGCAACAUUUACUUCUCACCAGAAGGCAAACUUAGCAAGAGGAUGAUGGAGAUUGUGAUGGUUCGUCAUGGCAAGCUGCAGAGGGGUUUGGAUGAAUUUGGUCUCUUCGAGUUCAAUCUGUAUGAGCCAUGUGGGAUUUACAAUAAGGCGCUGCAGAUCGCAUACAAGGGACGCUAUGAGAUCAGGGAUGAAAACGAUGACAGGGCCUUAGAGGUGUAUCUGCAUAUGGAGCCAAGCGUUAUGACCUAUGAACGGAAAUCUGGUGCAGAACUCAGCUUAAAGUUGGAUCUGGAACCAAACGCCUGCAACAUUCACUUCUUCGGAAAGUCAUCGUUUGAUAUAGUUCUUCAAGGCAAGCUGCAAAGAGAUUUGGAUGAAUAUGAUUGCAAUGGAUUUUAUCUGAUAAAGCCAUGUGGGAUUUUAAAUGAGGCCCUCCAGAUGUCAUGCCAGGGACGCUAUGAGAUCAGAGAUCAGAAUGACGACAGGGCCUUAGUGAUGGAACUGGAAAUGCAUGCACCUUUUGAGCUAUCGUCUGUUGGUAUUGGUGUUGGUAUUUUCUUCUCCCCACUUUUGUUGUGUAUCGUGAGUUACUGCUGCUGUAGAGGCAGCUCCUCCAAAAACAAGACAUCUGAGAAUGAAGCUGCUGACCCUGAUGUACAAUACGAAGAGUACGACCUUGAGCCUGUCCGACUGCGGCCAGAUCAAGUCAGCGAGCCCUCUGUGACACUUUAUCCCGCUCAGCCUUCUCUUACUCCAACCGACCCGCUGAUACACAAUCAUCCUUCUGAGGAGAUGCCACCAACGUAUGCUGAGGUUUUGGCUGCAUCAGGGCAAACAGACGCUCCAACCUUCCCUGUCCACUCUGACCCUGAGCCGCGGUUUGAAGUGAAGGGGAUGACCUUUCCCUCCGCUCCCCCACUCAAGUCAGACUCAACUAUCUCUGAUGUUUAUACCUCAAGCAAACUCAACUUCCUCUGAGAGCCUUGAUUUUGAAAGAUACACCCAAAUGUGUAAGCUCAUUUAUAUUAUGGGAAUAGUCUGGCAUUUGGGAAGUAUUCUUGUUCAUCAGUGGCUUCCUGGAGUAUCUGCUGGAAACCAAUCCCAGCCAAGAAAUGGUCCUUAAAACCUUAAAACUGGGUUCUGUUGUUUUUACACUUUUUUUUUAACCGAUUAAACAAGAUAAGUUGUUAGUGAGCUUUUAGAGGUGCAGGUUGGUAAAGUUAGCCAAGCUAGCUGUUGGCAUGUUGCUGGGUCCUAAUUCUAGUACCAAAUAGUUAAGUGUAUAAGUGCAUUUACACUAAGACGUUUGGCAAAAUGCUGAGCACUGAGUACCCUGAAAGUACACUCGUUAUUGUUAAAAAGUUGAGUGUGGAAUGUUGGACAGUUCUCACACUCAACAAUCACCAUCUUGGCUACGUAAUGGAAGUGGCCAGACCAGUCACAAUGUGGUUGCUAUGGGGAACACAGAACUAUAAAAACGAAUGUUAUACUUGUGCUCUUUUCAAACUUUUAAUAUACCAUGAAACAUACCAAUGUAUGUAUGUGUGUGUGUGUGUGUGUGUGUGUGUGUGUGUGUGUGUGUGUGUGUGUGUGUGUGUGUGUGUGUGUGUGUGUGUGUGUGUGUGUGUGUGUGUGUGUGUGUGUGUGUGUGUGUGUGUGUAUGUAUACGUAUGUACUGUUAAAAGGAAGCAGUCCAUAAUGGUUUGGUACUGCAAACAGUAGUGAAAAGCAGCAGUGUGCAUUUUAAGACAAUGCUACUCAGCUGGGCUAGGCUAAUUAGGCUAACCUGCUGCUGGCAGUUAUUUAAGUUUUACAGACCAGAAUAUAAGACUUUGUGCCCAAGGAUCACACAUUCCAUACCAAAGGCAAAAAGGACCUUUCUGAGUAACACUUGAAGAGCUAAUGGGUCAUAUGUCAGGGAUGAACCAUUUACUGCAGACCAGCUUAACUGGAUAUUUUUUACGUAGGACACAUAUAUAGAGUAGCCUUAAUUGAUGCAAAGCUCACUGUAUUUACUCAUAUGCUAAUUUUCAGGUUCAUAUUUGUACUAGGUGCCUCUCCUGUGACAUGUUUACAUGCUUUAAUGUUCAAAUAGUGCUUUAUUUUUUUCAUACUGCCUCUUGUCAUCCUCUGUCUGAAACCAGAGCCCAGUCUGCUCUGAUUGGUAAGCCAUUUCAUGCACAAACACCUAUACAACACACUCCUCAUAUUACUUGAGUUACUGCAUGUAAUUCAGCUUGAGUGUAUUUACAAACGUUUAUUUGAUGCUUGUAUUAUUAAGCAUGAAUGUGAAUUCAAUUCAUUUCUGAAGGAGCUGUAGAUCUUUAUUUAUAUUUAUAUUUAUAUAUAUAUAUAUACUAACCACUGUAUUUCAUUGUCUUACGUAAGUCACAAACACACACAAAUGUCAGUGUGCUAAUGUGUAUUAAGUGUCUUGUAAAGUGAUUGUUUGAUAGUAAAAAAUAUCACAAGCACCAGUUGCCUUGUACAUAAUUUCAAUGGCAUAGAAACACCUCUGCACCACAUUUAUCAACAUUGUACCAUAGGUGCAUUACUCCUAUGUUACUACAUAUUUUUUAAAUGUAUUGUAGUUUUGUGACGUGACCACAAGCACCACCCAUCCAACAUUUCAUCACAAAGCCAAAAGUUUAUCAAUGCAUUUAAAAUCCCUUCUUCAAUUCCUGUCCAAAAAGGAUGAUCUACUGAAAAGCACCGGUAACCCCAACUAUGAGAAAACAAAACAAAUGUUUAGCAUAUGAACAUUUCAUCGAAGGCACCCUUUGAUGAAAUUUCAACACCUUAACUUAAAAACAAGUUGUUAAAUAUGCUCAUACUGUAUUUUCAUAUAUUGUUUUGUUUCCUCACAACAACAUUUGUUUCAGGUCAAAUCAAAAUUGCUAGAGCUGUAAGCCGCUUGGCGGUGGUGAAAACUACUCUGAUAUUCAGUGCUUUCUUUUAAGUUGGUUUGGCAAACUAGAUAGCAGAUUGUUUCUUAUGGACUUAUUACUUCACACUGUACUGUUUACAUUUAUAUUGACUUGACUUUACCAUUCUUUCACACUCAAUGUAAUUGAUAUCCCACUUUCAUAUUUUGUUAGCUGAAAUUUAGCACUUCAAUAGUGUUACAUUUGUCAGAUAGUUUGCAAAAAAAAUUCACAGCCAACUUUUAUGUUUUCACUCUUUUAGUUGGUUUUCUUUUCUUUUUUGAGAUGUUUAUAUUGUAUGGUUGUUUAUUUUCUACUUUCUCAAUAUGGGAUUAAUAAAGUAUAGCAGUUAGCUCUGUUUUGGCCUCCCCCUGAGGGAAAUA